CCAUCGUCGUGCAGAAUACAUUACAGUACCGGUAUGGCGGAGUUGGAACAAGUGAUCAGCAGCGCGUUCUGGGGCCAUAGCAACGGCGUCCUGGUGCUGAAUGAUUCGGGGCUGCUGUGGCGGUCGCGCCAGACGGAAGCACAGAAGAAGGUGGCGAAGGAAGAUCUGGUGAGCAUGCUGUGGUCGGCGAUCGGGCCGAAGCAGUACCAUUUGAAGGUGACCACCCGUGGCGGCAAGACCGUGCGGUUCACGGGGCUCAAGCAGAGUGACGUGGACCUUAUUCGCACAUUCUCGCGCGACACAUUGGGUCGCGAGAUGGAAGAAGAGCGUCUGGCGAGCUCAGGUGGGAACUGGGGCCACAUGCAGUUCCAAGGGUCGAACCUGAACUUUGUCGUGCAAGACCAAGGGGUGGCGAUGGAUCUGCCUUUGGAUCUGAUCGCCCAAUGCGCGAUGCCUGGGAAGAACGAGGUCGAGUUGCAGUUCCACGAAGACGACACCGUGGCGGGGGACGAGGAAUCCCUCGUGGAGAUGCGGUUGUACAUUCCCGGCGACGCCGACGACGGCAUAACGGCGGAGGGGUUGAAGGACGAGAUCUUGGAGCGCGCCAACAUCAGCCACGUCACGGGGAAGAGCAUCGUCGAGCUGGACGAGAGCAUGGGCACGUUCUUGACGCCGCGCGGUCGGUACGCCGUCGAGCUGUACGGGUCGUUCCUGCGCAUGCACGGCAAAACGUACGACUACAAGAUUUUGUACUCCAACAUUAACCGGUGCUUUCUACUCGAAUACCCGAACUCGACCAACACUGCGUUUGUGAUCUCGUUGGAGGAGCCGAUCCGGCAAGGGAAGCAGGGGUACCCGCACUUGGUGCUGCAACUCGCGCGGGACGAAGUGCACAUUGACGUCAACUUGACGGCGGACGAGAUCAAAAAGUACAACGGCAACAUCCACGAGCGCAUGUCGGGGAGUUUGCCGCAGAUCGUUGCGACGCUGUUCAAGUUUAUCAUGGGCAAAAAGGUGUACACAUCGGGCAAGUUUACAACCCACAGCGGCGACCGCGCCGUCAAAUGCGCCGUGAAAGCGAGCUCGGGCGUGCUAUUUCCACUGGAAAAGUCGUUUAUGUUUAUUCACAAGCCCACGACAUUUAUUCGGUACGAGGAAAUCGAUUACGUCGAGUUUCAGCGGUAUGCCGGCCAGUCUGGGUCGAGCGCAUCGCGCAACUUUGACCUGCUCGUGAGCUGUCGCGGGGUCGGCCAAGAACAAGCGUAUGAGACAGUGUUCAGCGCCAUCGACCGCCGCGAGUUCCCCGAGCUGUCGCAGUUCCUCACGUCGAAGAAGCUCAAGAUCCGUAACCUCAAGGACACGCAAUCGGCGGCGACGGCGGGUGGCGCGGCCGGUGGUGCCAAGGAACGCGCCAACUUGGACGACGCGCUGGGACCAGAGGAAGGCGAGGUGGACGAAGAAGAAGAGGAGGAUGACUCGGACUUUGGCGGCGGCGACGACGCUGCGUCCGGCUCGGAGGAUUUCUCGGACGAGGACCUGAGUGGAAGUGACGGGAAAGAAGACGACGACGACGACGACGACGACAAGAGCAAGAAGAAGAAGCAGAAAACGAGCACCGAGUGAGUAUACUACGAGACUAACUACAUAGCACUACAAUUACACGAAUGGCUCGAGUAUUUUGCAAUCAAGGAUCGACCAAUCAAAACCCACAAC